AUGGAGAACGACGACACGAACGGCGGUGACCGAUGGAGCUACAAGAAGCCGACGAACGACGAGAAGAUGGAGCGACGGUGGCUGUGGGGACGACGGAGAGAUGUAGAGCUUUUUGGGGAAGACAAGUCUAUGGAGGCUGAGGAUCAUCAAUCAGACAAAACUGAACAAAAGAACACUCCUCGAAAGGAAGAUCAUGAAGCAAAUCAAGAUGAAAGAAGUAAUGAUGAGAAAUCUGAUGAAGCAAAUGACACUGAUGGGAACAAUGAUGAAGAUAAAGAAAAUAAUGAGGAAGAUGACAAAGAUGAUGAUAGCGAUGAUGGUGACAGUGAUGAUGAUUCUGAUGAUGAUAAUGAUGAUGACACCGACGGAUCUCCCAUCAUUGGAAAAUCAGUAAUGCUUCCUCCUACUGAUCAAUACUCUCCACCGAAUGGUCGAAACGAAUGGACACCGAGAUCAGCUCGUGAUGGCAAAAAGGAAGCAUCACCGAGUGCGAGACAUGGCGUCUCCAGUCGAAAGGAGCAUGGCAUUCAAACUGAUAUCUCUGAAGAGAUGGAAUAUCUUGAUGCUCAAGCCUUCUUAACACUUCUUGCGAACACAGUCAUUGCGCUCAAACAACAACAUCAACGGUACAAUGAGCAACGUCAAGAAGAUGCUGAAAUGAUGGAGCACUUGUCUUCCCAAAUGACCCUCAUCUCGGCAUAA